GUAGCGUCACCUGCUGGUCUGCUGUGACACAGGCACAAUGACUGUACGUCGAAAGAGAAUUGUGUUUACGUUUCUGCAGGGGGGGUAACAUGAAGUCAGACAUGAACAGCAGCCAGCCAAGUCAGACCCUUUCCUUAUAUCUCAAUGAAACGUGUUCGGCUGUAUUAACACAUUACACAGGUUCACUAUAAAAUAGGUCAGCAGAGGUUACGACCGCAAAUUUCACUCCUCCAACCAACAACUUACACUCUUGUUGCAUGUCAGCAGGGACGGAGAAUAAUGAAUAUUGUGAUCACAAGUUGUAGUAAUCACAGAAGUUACUUCAUGUUCAAAAAGAUGCUGACAACGCAGUACUUCUUUUAGACUGUUUGUACAUUACAUAUACCUGCACUAUUAAUACUCCACUUGGAGUUAUAAGUUAUUAAUAUCCUCGAUUGUCCUUUGCUAGCUGCGGUAAAUGUUGCCACAGUGACUAAUGGUCAUCUGUUGUGUUAAAUGUUAAACACUAGAUGGGUAGUUUCUUUUUUUUUGUGAUAGUUGAUUCUACACUUAUAGCUAAUUUUGAUGACACUCAGAUCCACUAUUGCAGUAUUAACAAACGUUAAGAAAUGCCUGCCUGUAAAAUUCCUACAAACUGUGCUGCCUUUAGAACCAGCAGGAGCGUCACAGUUCAUGGUUUGAUGUUACAAUAUGGACUUUGCACGUUACAGAAAAUCAUGCGACGGCCCUUUCCUGGGACGCUGUUUAUUUUCUCUAGUGCACAUUCUAUAUUUGCUGCUAAAGGGAUGUGAAGAUUUGUCACUGUUUUCAUCACUGUGUUCACCGCUGCUCUUGGCAGUUUACUGCUGAUUUUACAACUAAGAUUCCCAUUACAGUAAAGAAUUUUGCUGUUAUUUACCUGGUGGACAUCACAGAAGUGCCUGACUUCAACAAGAUGUACGAGUUGUACGACCCCUGCACCGUCAUGUUCUUUUUCAGGAACAAACACAUCAUGAUUGAUUUGGGCACUGGUAAUAACAACAAGAUCAACUGGACAAUGGAGGAUAAGCAGGAGAUGAUAGACAUUAUUGAAACAGUGUACCGAGGAGCAAGAAAAGGUCGAGGUCUUGUGGUGUCUCCUAAGGAUUAUUCUACAAAAUACAGAUAUUGAUUUUUUUUUUUUUUUUUUUCCUCCCCUAAACUUUUUGGGAUAUUUUUUUCCUGAUAUUCUGUGACACAACACAGAGACUACAAGCUACAGAAGUCAAAGAAGAUCUUUUUCAGCUUUUUGUUUUCACCAGCAAAACAAGACAAUAUUCUUAUUAAUGGUCAUGAUUGUUUGACAUUGUGCCAUUUGUGUUUUUUUU